GCACGCGGGAGGGUGGGAACCUUCCGUGAUCGGCUCCUUGAGGCUGACGGCUUCGAUUCUCCCCGGCGCGUUUUCCGCGGCUCACCGGGAGGGUGGGCCUGCAGGGCAAGAUGGAGUUACUGCAGGUCCUGAAGCGCGGGCUCCAGCAGGUCAGCGGGCACGGCGGCCUCCGCGGCUAUCUACGAGUUUUUUUCAGGGCAAAUGAUGUGAGGGUUGGUACAUUAGUGGGAGAAGACAAAUAUGGAAACAAAUACUAUGAAGACAACAAGCAGUUUUUUGGCCGUCAGCGAUGGGUUAUAUAUACUACUGAAAUGAAUGGCAAAAACACCUACUGGAAUGUGGAUGGAAGCAUGGUGCCCCCUGAAUGGCAUCGUUGGCUUCACUGUAUGACCGAUGAUCCUCCAACAGUAAAACCACCUACUGCUCGUAAAUUCAUGUGGACAAACCAUAAAUUCAAUCUGAGUGGCACUCCAGAACAAUACGUACCUUAUUCUACCACUAGAAAGAAGAUUCAGCAGUGGGUCCCACCUUCAACAUCUUAUAAGUAAAGACAAUGAAAAAUAAUUUAAACAUGAAAUAUGGAGCUUUUCAUGUAACUGCACUUUUGCUGCUUACUAUUGAUUAAAAUUGUUUGAUUAA